UUGGUCGGGGCUCGACGUGAGUGCAUCCCACGUGCCAUCGCGGGUGCGGACACAGUAUGCGUUUGUAACGCCACGUAUUGCGAUGACAUACCUGCGCCACCGAAACCAGUGGCCGGUCGGGCGACGGUCUACGAGAGCAACAAAUCGGGCCAACGGUUCCGGGAGUCGACCCUAACGUUUACGGCACACAAAGUGGACAAAGCAAACAGUGUGGACAUCACUGUCGACCCGAGUGUCACGUAUCAGACUCUGUACGGCUUUGGGGCCGCCUUUACGGACGUCUCGGGACAGAUGUUUCGGUCGGUCAACGAGUCGUUGGCCAACGCUUUGAUUGACAGCUGUUUCGGCGCCAAUGGUAUGGAGUACUCGAUGGCAAGAGUGCCGAUCGCGGGAACCGAUUACUCCUCCAGACCUUAUUCUUACGAUGACGUCGACGGAGACCUUCAGCUCAAACACUUCGCCCUCCAGAAGGAGGACUUGGAGUUGAAGAUCCCAUACAUAAAACGUGCCCAAUCGGUCAGCCCUAACGGUUUCCGUCUGUUUGGUAGCCCGUGGGCGCCCCCGGCGUGGAUGAAAGACAACCACAAAUUCAACGAAAGCGGUGCCCUUAGGGGGCCGAUAGGGGGCCAGUAUUACGACACUUUUGCCAACUAUUUUGUUAAAUUUCUGGACGCAUACAAGAGUGCGGGCAUUGAGUUCUGGGGACUGACGGUCGAGAACGAGCCAAUACAGGGGAUGAUGAAUAAGAAACACCCAUUCAAUUGCCUGAACAUCAGUCCGUCGGCUGAGGCGGACUUUGUG